AUGCAUACUGAAGCGCAGUUCUCAGUUCUUCAGGAUACAGAGAGAGAAAGAGGGCAACGAACGACUACAAUGUUAGGACUUGAAGAAACAAAAGUUCUAUGGAGGCUUCUCUCCGAUUCUUCCCGCCCGUUGGAAGAACUUAUGAAGGAAUUCUCGGCCAAGUUCGAUUCUUCUUCUCGCAUCUUUGCCGUCUGCUCUUUACUCGUCAUAUUACUCUCCGAGAAAAUUCUCAAACCUACAGAGCGCCUGGUUACAAUUGCAUUUCUGCACCAUGCAUAUUCUACCCAGCAGCCCAGUUCCAAUCCUUUCUUUUCUGCGCUUGUAGAUGCAGCAUCGGAUGAAGCAGCUGAAAAGUUUGAAAGAAUUUUCAUUAUUCAAUUACUGCAAUCCUCUAGCUCUACGAAUGAAUCAGAGGUGCUCAAAAGCUCUGCUGCAGACUUUAUUAGGAAUUUUGAACCUUCAUCGCAAGCAUUUCCAACAAGAGAGCAGCUGCAGCAGCUAUAUUGUUCGGAAGCUCAUCCAGAAUCAUAUAAUAGCUUUUUCAGAAAUAAACCCGUAAAGAAUAUCUUGCCUAAUCCAGAUGUGCCACAUGGGUGCAACGCCAAUUCUUCAGAGUUUGACCAGCAACCUGGAGUUACACCUAAAAUUGGAUCUGGUGAUAGGGAUGAGACUGUAACUGGAUUGUUGCAGAGUCUAUCGUUGGAGGGAUUAGGUCCUCAGUGGAUCAGGCCUUUUCCACCAAGGCUUCCUGUGCUGCAGGGAGAGCUAGCGUGGAUAAAUCCCUCGAAUAACCAUGAUCUCAUGUGGGAUCACGGGAUGUGCGCUGAUACGAGUAGAGGAGCAGCAGUUAGGGAUCUGAUUUCAAAAGCUUUGAAAGGUCCACUCGCACCUGCUCAACAAGAGCAAGUUCUUUUAGAGUUGGCAAAUGACCCAAAACUGGUAUAUCACUGUGGGCUCACGCCUAGAAAACUGCCAGAACUUGUGGAGAAUAACCCCGUUAUUGCAGUUGAAGUUCUCAUUAAGCUUGCAAAUUCAUCUGAAAUUGAAGAGUACUUUACAGUUCUUGUUAAUAUGGACAUGAGCCUUCACUCCAUGGAAGUGGUUAACAGGCUAACUACGGCUGUUGAACUUCCUACUGAGUUCAUACACAUGUACAUAACAAACUGUAUAUCUUCCUGUGAGAAUAUCAAGGAUAGGUAUAUGCAGAAUAGACUUGUCAGGCUCGUAUGCGUCUUCCUUCAGAGCUUGAUCCGGAAUAAAAUAAUUAAUGUCCAAGAUCUUUUUAUCGAGGUUCAAGCUUUCUGUAUAGAGUUCUCGAGGAUUAGGGAAGCUGCUGGACUAUUUAGGCUUCUCAAGACUUUAGAAUAA